AGGAGCGGAAUAUUCCCGCGGGACGCGUCACUGGAGGAACGUGAAAGCUGGAGUGGUCGAGAAAGAAAAGGAAGGAGCAAGAAAGGGGAACGGUGGAAAGUAACCGAGAGCCGGCGCCGACACGUCAUCCGGGACAAGCAGAUGCCGGGCGCGCGUCCUUCCAAGCAGGUGACGUUUGCCGGUGUCGGCGCUGGAUCUGGAAGCUCGGAGGCAGCACGUGGAGCAGGGGGCGUGUCCGCCGGCUGGAGGAAUGCGAUGCAGCCGGAAGCUGGCCUGGUGUGGCCCGUUCUGGACUCGGCGCGCGUUAUUUCGGACGUCGCGGCGGCCUUAUCCGGACACGCGGGCCACCUGCAGCGCCGCCGGAUACCCGACACCAGCGCCGCUCUCACCCGCGCUGCUCAUCUGGCCACACAGCCGGGAGAUGCUGCUCUGCGUCGGAUACCGGGUGUGAGAGUACAAGUGUUCCAGACAAAUGGUUUAGUCUCCUUCAAAACAGUGCACAAUCCGCUGCAGAGCGGAGAUAAUCUUGAACCAAUCCACCAUUUUGUGGCUAAGCCAUCUCUCCGCAAUGUACUUUCUCCCAAGAGUCGUGGUCCCGCAAAGGAUCAUCUGAUGUUGACUUGGUAAUAGUUCUAAAUCGAUAAUGAUACCAUUUGAGUGAACUGUAGCUGCAACGCACGAUGUGCAUUAAUAAAACCGACAAACUGAAUGGACAGAUUCCUCACCGGAAAUGGAGAAAAUAGGUCCUACGAACAUGUGUCCGGAAAUGAACGCUGUGCGUGCGACGACAACAAAUCGUCCUGGAACUCAGUACGGAGACACGUCAUAGGGAAUGUUCAAAUUGGCCUCCAAGGGAUACGAUGUCAUGCAGGAAACACAUAAUAGUACUUUCUCUUACACCAUGUUAGCGGGCCACUUGCCUGGAGCAUGUAUUAGUGUUGUUCCCAACAUCUUGUAGACUUCGGUCCCCCAGAUCUGGUGUACGCACAGUUCGCCACCUCCUGCACGUUCGUCUGCCUGAAAGGACCCAUGAUCACACAAACGCUCAAAAUGGGCUUGAAAGGUUUGUAAGUAGGCUGUUUAGGUUUUCUUAUUGGCAACGUUACGUAGCGCUCUGUAUGAAAAUCACUGCCUGUGCUGUGUGCAGUCUGUGGCUAGUUUGCAUUGUUGUCUGCCAUUGUAUUGUUGGGCUGUUGGCUGUUAACAGCGCGUAGCGUUGGGCAGUUGGAGGUGAGCCGCCAGCAGUGGUGGAUGUGGGGAGAGA